AAGAUGGAGACGACGCGGUGAAUUACGAAGGCAUGUGAGAAACCACUGACUGCAGCUUGAGUCAAACUGACAGACAGUAGCACUGCAGGAUUUCCCCAAACAAACAACAAAUAAUCUGGCGAAGAAGAAAACAAAAACAUGGCUUUCGCAAACCUGUUCACGGGAUUAUCUAUGGACCAACACGUCACACACAGUGGAGCUGGAGAAAGAAAGAGGAGGAGCCAGGCAGAGCUAAGAGGCCCUGACAGCAAGAAACAAGGUUAUGAAGCCCAGAGUAGCUGGACGUACAAACCCUUUAGAGAUGAUGAUUCCACUGAACAUUUGAGGACUGGCUUCUCCAAAGACUUGAUGCACAACCACAGUGAUAAUUCUGGCCACAAUAAUAUGCAUCACAAAGGUCAGAACGCUAAAAAGAACUACCAGCAGCAGCAACAGAACAACCAGGGGGAUGGCAGGAGAAACCAGCAUCAUCAGAAGGAUAGAGGAGGAUUUCCUAAUAGAGGUGGCCAUUUUCAGACUAGAUUUGAUUCAAGAAAAUUUGGAGGACAGGGUAAACGACAAGAUAACAAGCAGGAAUUUAAAGUGCCACCCACAAGAGUUAUGACGCAAGAGUUCAGAGAGCAGAAUGGUUUGCUGGUGGAUGGACAGCUACUUUGUCGACAUUUCAUGUGGGGACGGUGCAUCAAGGGUGACAAGUGCCAACUGAAGCACAUUCAGGGUUCCAACGAUAUCAUCAAAGAAGUUUGCAAGUAUUACGUCCAAGGAGCCUGCACAAAAGGGGAGAGCUGCCCCUACAUGCACAAGUCCUUUCCCUGCAAGUUCUUCCAUAGAAAAGGAAAGUGUUCUCACGGGGCAGAUUGCAAUUUCUCCCAUGAUCCACUUAAUGAGACCACUAGCCGACUGUUAGAGGAGGUAUUAAAACAGGACAAGCUCUAUGAACUUUCAAAAACAGACGAGCAGAAGUCGUCAGGACAACCAGCAAACACAGACGAGACUGAAAUGACAGAGUCAAAGAAAACCCCUGAUGUACUAACACAACCACUCAGGCCUAUAUUUUACAACAGUGGAGAACCAAAGACCGAGCAGGAAGAUUUGUUAUGUAAGACUGAAGAACAGCGUGAAAUCCCAGAGACAGCUGUCCCACCAGAAGCAUCAGAUACCGGCUCUCCUCACAGCCCCCUGUCCACUCAUCUUAAUCCCCAGGAGCCAGUUUGUUAUUCAGUCGAAGCGGUGCUCAGACCUCAGCUAUUCAAACCAUUCCCUAGUUUCUUUACAACUCCUGGAAGUCAAGACUAUGCAUCUCUCUCUGGUCCACAGAAUUCCUCUGAUUGCACUUCAGGCUCAGCUGACCAAAGCAAAGCUCCCUACUCUGUUGAUGUUGUCAGGUCUUGUAAAUCAGAAGCAAGUUUUAUUGUUGGCCAAAUAUCUUCCCCUCCUAUUGCACAGUAUGUAUCAUAUCUUCCAAAAACUGACCGUGAACAGCGCACUGAUCCUCUGCUGAGCUCAAACACUGACAAGGUCUUGUAUUCUACGAAAAGCAGAAAUGAAGCAAACAAAUCCCAGGAGAAAAAGUUCAAGUGCCUGCCAUCCUUACACACGUACUCUGACCUUAUAUCAAAGACAUGUCCUGAUCUUACUGUGGCCAGCGGGGAUGACAAGAAACACGUUGGGGAAGAAGCUGCAUCCUUGAAAUCUCUUCAAAGAGCUUCCCAUGAAGUUAAGUCGGAGUUGUUCUACCCUCCUGCCACAGUGGCAGAGAAGUCUGCGUUGUCCUAUAGAAAAGGAGAUUUGCAAAGAAGCCCCCACCUCCCUGUGAAAACUUUACACUCUGUGGACUGUACAGGUGAAGGUGUUUUUCCUUUUGCACCCACUAAGCUCAAAAGUCAGACAUUUAAUCCUCCACAGAUGCGGCCAUAUCUCUCUGUUCAGACGUCUAAAUCACGAGCCUCAGCAAAGCCUCUUCGGCCUUCUUCAGGUUUCUCAGUGUUUAAAGAUGGAGCUGCUGUUCCCUCUGAACCUGUCCCCGGCUCCGCCGAGACAAAUAGUGCUGGAAACUCUGCCGUUCAUCAUCUUCGAGCAAAACAACCCACUGAGACCCAUGAGCCCUCCAACCAACUACAACUCAUCCUGGAACCUGGCACACAACGACCUAAUUCCUCUGAGGCCACAGCAGAGUGCAGCAGCAACAUGGAACAUUGUGGCGAUUCUUCAUUAAGAUGUAGUAAGACAUUCUGUAGCCUGUUUGCAAGCCCCAUCACUGACAGCCAGAAGCUCACUCCAGAUUUUGGGACAACCUCGGCUUCUCUUCAAUCGUCUCGCUCUGCUCCGCUGUUCGCACAUUCCAGGAGUGAAGAUUAUCAUGUUAAACCUGUGGAUGAACCUGACCCGGCCUUUGCCAGGUUGUUCCUCAGCCUCUUCUCUACCCCUCUGAGGGCUGCUCCUCUGCCAUGCAAGGAGACUCAGCCAGAUUAUUCAAGGACGGCCUGUACUUCAGAGUCAAGCCAGUUGUCUGAUAACGUCCCUCAUUCAUCAGACUCUAAUCAAAGAGCUUCCAAUGCAGAGACGCCUCAUCCAUGUCCGGUCAAAACUUCUCACAGACCAACAUCUCCUAAAUUCUCCCCUCGUUUGAAAAAUGAAGAUGAUUUGUCUGAGGCUGUGAGUCAACCUCCAAAGCAGCAGGUGAAUCCCGCCUGUCGUGAGAUCUCUUCCAGUCAGACUCCUUGUGGCGACAGAGCAGGAUCAUCCACAACCCAGACCCAUCAUUGGCUGCCCGACAUCUCAUCGCCCAAAGCUGGAGCCACUUCUACUUCAGUUCUGAAGACUCUCUUUCUGUAUCUGAGUCCAUUUGAAGAGGCUGGAGAGAAACGGCACAGUGCUCACAUCAGUCUACCUUCAGAAAGUGUAAAGAAGGAGCAGAGCAGCUCGGGGGAUGUCUUUGUUCAGCCACAACGGAAGAGGAAAAAAAAGAGACGAAAGAAAAAGACUCCGUAUUCCCAGCAACAGUCCACUGAGAAGAGUGUUGCCCACUCCACAGAGCACCAGACCUCUUCUCAGACCUCUCUCAUCUCUGUGGAGGCAACAGUCGGGUCGACCUUCAGUGCUCCAGCUAGGACGGAGCCUGAGGUCAGAAACUCUGGAACACACAACUUGCCAUUCAGACCUGUGACGCAACUGACGCAGCAUCACGUCCGACCGAGACUGAAGAACAAUUCAGAGGAAGGAAAGUGGGGAAAUGGGAAAGUGUCGGUCACACCAUUCAAAGACCUUUUUAAGAGUUUAGACACCACUGUUUUCAACCUCGGGCAUUAACAUUGGACUUACUUUUGUUUUAUCUCCCUAACAUAUUUCAAAGUCUAAAUCUUUUAUUCUUUUAGCAUCAAUGUUGAAACAGUGAAACUGAAUAUGGUUAUUAUCUGAGUCAAAGCCGAGGCUUCUGAUCUCUAUAAUCUGUAUGUGUUAACAUAUUAUUUGGAUGUUUUAGUGUGAAAAUCAAACCUGUUUACUUAUAAAACAUAUGUUUGCCAAAGGUUUUGAGUAAAUCAUAUCAGUGUAUCCAAACAAUAUUGCUGCUAUGUUCGUAUUUAUUGCCAGUUUAUUAGGUACAUUUACUUUUUAAAAUACAAACGCCCUGAUAAGCUGGUAAAUGUGAGUGUGUAAUGCAUUUCUUUACACUCUCCCUUAAUCUGUGUUCAGGUCUGGUAACCCUGUUUAUAAGGGGUACACAUAUUUCAAUCUUGUGUUAAGUUUCAAACUUUCUUAUGCAUAAGUUGUUCGAAACUAUACGACUGAAAUUCUUUUAUUCUACAAUGGAAUGCCAUAUAAACUGUUGUGCCACAAAUCUUAUUUUUGUUCAGUGUAGAUCAAAUAUUGGAAGAUGAGAUACUUAAUUAGUUCAAUUAUAUUUGAAGAUUCUGAUGUAAAAAAGUUAUAUUUAGACAGGAAAGAUGCUGAUUUAUUAAGCCAAAUAAAAUAAUUUU